UUUUAAAUGAGCAAAACGAUUCUCAUACGAAAGUCUAGAAUUGUCCCUUCAUACAUUUCCCAUUAAAAAAAAAAAAAAAAAAAACCCUUCUGAGCCUGUACUUUGAUUUUGGACUUCCAGUUUUGAAUCCGAACAUGCGCAGUGAGGAUGCUUAAUCCUGAACUGAGGCACUUCUGCAACUAGAUUUACGCCAAGAGCCACGCUGGUUAUCGAAAGAAAAGGUGUCGACGAUAUGUUCACCGGCCGGUUUUUGUGAAUUGAAUAUCUACAUCAUUCAUUGAACCCAAAGUUUGUGCCAUUUAUUAAUAGAUAAAAAUUUCGAAAACAAGCGCAAAGAUCGGCCCCUGUUUUUAAUAUACAGGAGAGGUGCUUGAUCUACAAAAUAAAUGUAAGCUAUAUCUUCCACAUAAUUCUGCCAUGUUGCUUUUACUAAAAACAUGCACUUCUGUGCGUGAAGCUAGUCUUCUGGUUGCAAACAAGGGAUCCUGGACUCUAUCUAUCAAAGGCUUCCAUACCAGUUUUUUGCGUAGAUGCAAGGCAAAGCAAGAAAAACCUCCACAAGCACCAGUUAAAGGAAUCCCCUACUCUAAACUGACAAUUGGUGUGCCCAAAGAGUCCUGGAAAAAUGAGAGACGUGUGGCUUUAUCUCCUGCAGCAACAGCCACCCUUAUCAAGAAGGGAUUUCAGGUUAAUAUUGAGAAAGAUGCUGGAGUUGAAGCAAAAUUCAGCAACGCAGAAUAUGAAGCAGUUGGAGCGAAAAUCUCUGAUAAUGCUUUCUUGUCAGAUAUUGUCCUGAAAGUGCGUGCCCCUAGUACUGCUGAAGUAGGAAAAUUCAGGAAUUCCAGCACUCUUAUAAGCUUCCUGUAUCCUGGUCAGAAUUCUGAUCUAGUGAAAUCUCUGCAGCAGCAACAAAUGAAUGUCUUUGCUAUGGAUUGUAUUCCUAGGAUCAGCAGAGCUCAGGUUUUUGAUGCUCUUAGUUCCAUGGCUAACAUUGCAGGUUAUAAAGCUGUUGUAGAAGCUGCAAAUAAUUUUGGAAGAUUUUUCACAGGCCAGAUUACAGCUGCAGGUAAAGUUCCUCCUGCCAAGGUGCUUGUUAUUGGAGGCGGAGUAGCAGGUCUUUCAGCUAUUGGAACAGCCAAGAACAUGGGGGCUAUUGUCCGGGCAUUUGACACUAGAGCAGCUGUCAAGGAGCAAGUUGAAUCUUUUGGUGCUGAAUUCUUAGAAGUGAAUGUAAAGGAAUCUGGUGAAGGAAUGGGUGGUUAUGCUAAAGAAAUGUCCAAGGAAUUUAUUGAGGCUGAAAUGGCUUUAUUUGCUAAGCAGUGUAAAGAAAUUGAUGUUCUAAUCACCACAGCACUUAUUCCUGGAAAACCUGCACCGAAACUCAUCUCAAAGGAAAUGGUUGAGUCCAUGAAACCGGGAUCUGUUAUUGUUGAUUUAGCUUCUGAAGCAGGAGGAAAUGUAGCCACAACUAGACCUGGAGAAUUAUAUGUGCAUAAUGGAGUCAUACAUAUUGGAUAUACUGAUCUACCUUCUCGACUGCCUACCCAAUCUUCAACAUUGUAUGCAAAUAACAUAUCUAAAUUUCUUUUAUCUAUUGGUGAAAAGGAUCACUUCCACAUCAAUUUGGAAGAUGAAGUUGUGCGAGGUUCAAUUGUUCUGCAUGAAGGGAAGCUCUUGUGGCCUCCUCCUCCUCCUAAGGAAGUUCCUGCCCCACCUGCUCCGAAAGUUGCUGCAAAGGUUGCACCUCCAGAACCCAAUUAUUUUAAUGUGACCCUUAAAGAUUCCCUCAUGUAUACUUCUGGACUUUCUACAUUGUUAGGAUUGGGUAUGGUUUCUCCUAAUCCAGCUUUUACCACCAUGAUGACCACAUUUGGUUUAUCAGGAAUUGUAGGGUAUCAUACAGUGUGGGGUGUAACUCCUGCUCUACAUUCUCCUUUGAUGUCCGUCACAAAUGCUAUCUCUGGUAUCACUGCUGUUGGAGGUUUGUUGAUUAUGGGAGGAGGAGUGCUCCCUCAUACUAUUCCACAAACUCUUGGGGCAGCUGCCACUUUCCUUUCCACCAUUAACAUCUGUGGUGGUUUUCUGGUCACUAAAAGAAUGUUAGACAUGUUCCGUCGACCUACUGAUCCACCUGAGUACAAUUAUUUGUAUGCUAUCCCUGGAACUGCAUUUGUUGGUGGCUAUGCUGCUCUUGCUGCUGCAGGAUACCCUGAGAUUCAUCAAAUGGCAUAUUUAGGCUCAUCUUUAUGUUGUGUGGGUGCUUUGGCUGGACUAGCUUCUCAGAAAACAUCUCGGCUUGGCAAUGCUCUUGGCAUGGUUGGUGUGUCUUCAGGUCUUGUCUCUACCUUGGGUGUUAUGGAUAUCCCACCUGAACUUGCUAUACAGAUAGCAGGAUGCAUGACAGCAGGUGGUGCCUUAGGUUUAGCUAUUGCCAAGAAAAUUGAGAUCACUGAUUUGCCUCAACUAGUGGCUGCUUUCCACAGCUUGGUUGGAAUGGCUGCUGUGCUUACUUGCUUAGCAACUUAUAUUGUAGAUUUUCCUACUUUCGCCACAGAUCCAGCUGCUAAUGCUAUUAAGACUGCUCUAUUUUUGGGAACCUUCAUAGGUGGAAUCACUUUUAGUGGAUCCUUAGUCGCUUAUGGAAAAUUACAAGGUCUCUUGAACUCUGCUCCUCUCCUGCUGCCUGGCCGUCAUGCUCUUAACCUUGGUCUAUUGGGAGCCAAUGUGGGUGCAAUGGCCUAUUACCUUAUGUCUAGUAGUAAUGUAGCUGGUCUCAGCUGCUUAGGAGCAACCAGUGCUCUCUCCAUGAUCAUGGGAGUGACCCUCACUGCUGCUAUUGGAGGUGCUGAUAUGCCUGUUGUCAUUACUGUUUUGAACAGCUAUUCUGGCUGGGCACUUUGUGCUGAAGGCUUUAUGUUAAACAACAAUCUCAUGACCAUUGUGGGAGCUCUUAUUGGUUCUUCUGGUGCCAUUCUGUCUUAUAUUAUGUGCAAGGCAAUGAAUAGGUCAUUACCCAAUGUCAUCUUGGGUGGCUAUGGAACUUCUAGUACAGGCACUGGUAAGCCAAUGGCAGUGACAGGAACACACACAGAAGUGGAUGUUUCCCAAGCUGUUCAAUUAAUCAAUGAUGCCAAGAGCAUCAUUAUUACGCCAGGCUAUGGUCUGUGUGUUGCUAAGGCGCAAUAUCCUUUGGCAGAAAUGGUGAAGACACUAACUGACAAAGGAAAGAAAGUUCGUUUUGGAAUUCACCCUGUUGCUGGGCGUAUGCCUGGCCAACUAAAUGUCUUAUUAGCGGAGGCUGGUGUUCCAUAUGAUAUGGUCUUGGAAAUGGAUGAAAUCAAUGAUGAUUUUAAGGAAACUGAUUUAGUGCUGGUGAUUGGAGCUAAUGACACUGUGAAUUCGGCUGCUGAGGAAGAUCCAAAUUCUAUUAUUGCUGGAAUGCCAGUUCUCAAAGUCUGGCUUGCAAAGCAGGUGAUUGUGAUGAAACGCAGUUUAGGUGUUGGAUAUGCAGCUGUUGAUAACCCUAUCUUCUAUAAGGAGAACACAGCUAUGUUGUUGGGAGAUGCUAAGAAAACGUGUGAUGCAUUGCUCAAUAAGGUUACAGAGGAACUUGGUUCCUGAGUUCAUGUAAGCAAGGCCCAAAUCAGAUUUGUACAAUACAUACAUUUUACUCAUGAAACUGGCUUUUAAUGACUAAUUAUGGAAAGAUUUAUCUAUAGAUUAACUGAAAAAUGGGAGCUUGAAUUGUUUUGUGUAGAGAAUUUUAAAUCUCAUAAUUUCAAAAUGAUUUAAUUUGUUUUUCAACUUUUACAAGAAAACUUUAUUGCAAAGCUAAUUAAAUAUACUCAGUUGAUAAGCAUAUUGUUUCCUCUUUUUUUGAAACUAAAAAGUCUUUUUUUUUUCUUGAAAAUGAAAAAAAUCAUAUUUUGCUUCUGCAUGCAUUCCAAUAUUGAAAUUUUGCUUUCUUAAGUCAGUGAUUCCCUUAAUUUAUUGUACUGCAUUCUUAAAUGAUCUUAUUUUUCCAUUUUGUAAUUUAUGUCUUAUUUAAUUGAUAUUUUCCUACUGUAGAUUAAUAGAUACCUUAAAAGAUACUUACAUUCAAUAUGUAUUUCUGUUUUGAAUAAGAACCUCUUUUAAUUUAUCAUGUAGUGAAGUACAAUUUUAAUUAAUUAAAUUGAUCAGUUAAAUAUUAAUGGAAGAAUAAAAGCUUCCAUGUUCAGAACUUUUAAUUACUCACUCAUGUGAAAGCUCUUAGCUCUGUGUGAUUAGGAUUUGUUAAUUUUUUAAAAAUAUUGUUAAUCAUUUCUUUUAUUACUUUAGUUUUUAUAUAAUGGGAAAAACAUAAGUAUUUUGUAUAAUCUUAUGUUGAUGCAGUUAAUGAUAUUGAUAAGUAAUUAUUUUUUUUAACACUGUAUUUUUUGUACAAAUUAACAUGUUGAAUUCAAUGAUUUUAUGCCAUUAGUAUAUUGAAGAAAACAGUCUUUUCUCUCUCUCUCUCUCUCUCUCCUUUUUUUUUUUUUUUUUUUUUUGUCUAGUAAAUUUAACUUUUAAAAUAAUGGGUUUUUUCAUGUUCAAUAUUUUGUGAGGGGGAAAAAAAUCAAGAAACUAAAUUAAAAUGUUGAAUACAUGAAUUAUUUUUAUGUUGAAUACACAAAUUAUUUUUGUGUAUAAAUUUUCGAAUUUGAAACUAAAUAUUUUAAAUUCAUACUUAAUUCAAAGUAAAACAGAUAUUUAAUGUAGCAUCAGCAAUACUAUUAAAAAAAUCAUACUAAAUAUGUUAUGCUAAAGAGUAUUUGCAAAAUAUAUCUGUGAUACAGCAACUUUGUGCCAUUACAUUAAAAUCUACCAUUAAAUAAGCAUUGAAAUCUAAAACUAAAUAAUUCAGGAUAAGGUAAUAAUAUUAUUGUUUCAAAUAGAAUAUAAUGGAAGUAAAAUAAAUUCUACUAACUCCAUAUAUUUGGAAUUCUUGACAUUUGUUAUGUAAUUUGAAGGGGAAAAAAUGAUAGCAAUAUCUUUUUGACAAUUCUAAUUGUAUAAUGCUUUAGUUUACUAAUCAUUAGUAUUGGAAUCAACUAGCUUUGGCAAAAGCUGUAAUUUAGUUUAUAACUAACCAGAUAUUGGGAAUGGAUUAAGACUUUCUGUUAUUUGAAUAAUGAGACCAAAGGCAUUCUUGAUUUAUCAAACAUAAAGUACAUUAUUUUUAUAAUGAAUUAAGUAGUCAAUAUGUUGACUUUGCCUUAAAUAUUGCCAUUAGAUAGGGCAAUUGAAAACUGUUUUCCAUGACUAUAUUUCAAAAAUGUCAUUUAGAUAUCUCUAACAAUUUUAAUUUGCACAUCAGUGAUUUUAGAAUGGGAAAUAGCCAUAUGAUCAUUUGCACUUCUUGUUUGUAUAAAUGCAAACUACAGUAGUAUAUUUUUUUUUAGUUUCAAUAUUAUUAUACUAUCAAAACUCUCCUCUCAAAGCUACAUUGAUUUCUGUUGUUUGAAAAUAAUUCUUAAUGUAAUGCCACAUCAGUGUAUAUUUUGAUCAUUAGUAAAAAUUUAUAUGAGUAAAUAAUUUUCUAAAGGUAACAUUAAUAUUUUCCAAUAUAGUCAAAAUGAAACCCCUUAAGAUUAUGUUUAUAUAUUGCAAAAUGUUUUAGGUUAGCAUUUUAAUAAUAUUUAUUUUUCUAUUUGUCCAGAAUCUCUCUUUAUAUAAUUUCCUCCCUAGUUAGACCAUUAAAAAUUAUUUCAAUAUCUGGAUCCUUGACUUAUUACUGUGUUUGUUUUGUUUUCUUUAUUAUUAUGUAAGUGGUGCCUUUCUGAAUGAGUAUUAACUUGUGUUUUGUUCUGUCAGUAACAACUGAGUGAUAUUUUGAUUGUUUCCUCUGUACAUACACAAGUGAUAAAUAAAAUCUUGUUUAUA